CGUAGUAUCUAACAUUUACACGUGAGAACUCUAUAAAAUCGAGAAAACCGGAUUUAUUAACUGUUUAAAGUGAUUUUCAAGGAUUGAUAGUUGAAAACGAGCGUUUUGAAAUGACGAGGAAGAAGAGAGUGUUUGUGGAGACUAAGGAGGAGAGAAUGGUGAUGACAAUAGGGGAAAUUAUCCAGGAGCUGCUCGUUGCUCACAAUGAACACAGAGACGUCGAUCUAAACAAAUUGAAGACAAGAAUAGCGUCGAAGUACGGGUUGGAGUCGUCUCCGAGGCUCGUGGAUAUUAUAGCUGCAGUGCCCGUCGAUGCCAAGAGCAAAUUACUCCCGAAGCUGAAGGCCAAACCCAUCAGAACAGCCAGUGGAAUUGCUGUCGUUGCAGUGAUGUGCAAGCCUCACAGGUGCCCUCACAUCAACAUGACUGGGAAUAUCUGCGUCUAUUGCCCUGGAGGACCCGACUCAGACUUUGAAUAUUCAACUCAGUCUUACACUGGAUACGAACCGACUUCCAUGAGAGCCAUCAGGGCUCGUUAUGAUCCUUUUCUGCAGACGAGACAUCGAGUUGAUCAACUGAAACAACUGGGCCACAGUGUCGACAAAAUCGAGUUCAUCGUGAUGGGAGGGACCUUCAUGUCCCUACCAGAAGAAUACCGAGAUUAUUUCAUCCGAAAUUUGCACGAUGCCCUCUCCGGCCACAUAAGUAACGACGUGGACGAGGCAGUGCGUUUCUCAGAGCGCAGCAAGACGAAAUGCAUCGGCAUCACCAUAGAAACCCGUCCAGACUACUGUCUGAAGAAGCACCUGUCAGACAUGCUGCGAUAUGGCUGCACAAGACUCGAAAUUGGAGUUCAAUCGGUUUACGAGGACGUGGCGAGAGAUACGAACAGAGGGCACACUGUGAGGGCAGUCUGCGAGAGCUUUCAACUGUCCAAGGACGCUGGGUUUAAAGUGAUCGCGCAUAUGAUGCCUGACUUACCUAAUGUCGACAUUGAAAGGGACGUCGAACAGUUCAUGGAGUUCUUUGAGAAUCCAGCAUUCAGGGCUGAUGGUUUGAAGAUCUAUCCCACUUUAGUUAUUAGGGGAACUGGGCUUUAUGAACUGUGGAAGACUGGAAGAUACAAGAGUUAUCCUCCAAGCACUCUAGUGGACUUAAUCGCGCGGAUUCUAGCCCUCAUUCCGCCAUGGACUAGGGUUUAUAGAGUUCAAAGGGACAUCCCAAUGCCCCUGGUCAGCUCUGGGGUUGAGCAUGGAAAUCUGAGGGAGCUUGCACUGGCCAGGAUGAAGGACUUUGGGACUGACUGCAGAGACGUGAGGACCAGGGAGGUGGGGAUUCAAGAGAUCCACAAUAAAGUCCAGCCACAUGAGGUGGAGUUCAUCAGACGGGAUUAUGUGGCUAAUAACGGGUGGGAGACGUUCUUGGCUUAUGAGGAUCCAACGCAGGAUAUUCUUGUGGGCCUGCUGAGGCUGAGGAAGUGCUCCAACGAAACUUUCAGGGCUGAGUUGAAGGGGGGCUGCUCCAUUGUGAGGGAGCUACAUGUCUAUGGGAGCGUCGUCCCCAUCAAUGCUAGGGACCCAACGAAAUUCCAGCAUCAAGGGUUUGGAAUGCUGCUCAUGGAGGAGGCUGAGAGGAUCGCCAGGGAGGAACAUGGGUCCAUCAAGAUUUCUGUUAUUUCGGGAGUCGGGACGAGGAAUUAUUACAGAAAAAUGGGCUACGAGUUGGAUGGCCCGUACAUGUCGAAGAUGCUAGUGGAUAAGUGAUAACUAAUAAUUUUGUAAUAUUUAGAGAAUAAAAAAAUCGUUUUACCUUAA